GCUAAAAGCGUAAGUCCACUGCGUAGCUGCCACCAGGAGUUGGUCUCCAAUUUGGAGUCACAGGUGGAGGCUGAGGAUAAAAUUGGGCCGAGGCGUAUGCCUUACCUCGGGCCUGACAUGACAACCCGGCUAUCCGCCAUGUUUUACACGGUAGAGGUCGGGGACACCAAGUUCACCAUCCUCAAGCGAUACCAGAAUCUCAAACCCAUUGGAUCCGGUGCCCAGGGAAUUGUCUGCGCUGCGUAUGACACUGUUACUGCACAAAAUGUCGCCAUCAAGAAGCUCUCCAGGCCAUUUCAAAAUGUUACGCACGCCAAGAGGGCGUACAGGGAAUUCAAACUCAUGAAACUUGUGAAUCAUAAAAAUAUAAUCGGUCUCUUGAAUGCAUUCACCCCUCAACGAUCUCUCGACGAAUUUCAAGACGUCUAUCUGGUGAUGGAGCUGAUGGACGCAAAUUUGUGCCAAGUCAUUCAAAUGGAUCUCGACCACGAGCGCAUGUCCUAUCUGCUGUAUCAGAUGCUGUGUGGAAUAAAGCAUCUCCAUUCAGCUGGAAUAAUUCACAGGGACUUGAAGCCAAGCAAUAUCGUCGUCAAGUCAGACUGCACUCUCAAAAUUCUGGAUUUUGGUCUUGCAAGGACUGCUGGUACGACAUUUAUGAUGACACCUUACGUUGUCACACGAUAUUACAGAGCACCAGAGGUCAUUCUCGGUAUGGGAUACAAAGAGAACGUUGACAUUUGGUCUGUUGGUUGUAUUAUGGGUGAGAUGAUCAGAGGUGGUGUACUAUUCCCUGGGACUGAUCAUAUUGAUCAGUGGAAUAAAAUUAUUGAGCAACUUGGAACACCAGCGCAAGAAUUCAUGCAACGAUUGCAGCCAACCGUACGAAAUUACGUGGAGAACAGGCCACGAUACAUGGGUUAUCCCUUCGAGAGGCUAUUCCCGGAUAUUCUAUUUCCCACAGACUCCUCGGAGCACAAUAGACUGAAAGCGAGUCAAGCGAGGGAUUUACUGUCGCGCAUGCUGGUGAUCGAUCCUGAGCGACGUAUCUCGGUCGAUGAUGCCUUGUUGCACAAUUAUAUCAAUGUAUGGUACGAUGAAGGUGAAGUUAAUGCUCCUGCACCAGGUCCAUACGAUCACAGUGUGGACGAGCGAGAGCACACGGUGGAUCAAUGGAAGGAAUUAAUUUACCAAGAGGUAAUGGAGUACGAGACAAGUCACAAUCCAUCAGCAACACCUCAGUCAUCAGUUGAUACUGUCGCUGGAUCACGGUAGACACGCCGGAUGUGUCAGACGUUACGUUUCCUGGAAGAAACGAAAUAUUGUUCCCAAAUAUUUCACUCUAAUUACUAAUUGAAAUCUUAUUCCGCCCGAAUUUGUUUUUUUUUUGUUUUUUUUUCAUAUAAUCUAGAGAGAAAUCGAGACGUCGAGCAACAAAAAACGAAAUAUCUCUUUUACAAUAUUUAUCUGGAGUUCGAUUACCUUUUUGUAAUAAUUUGUUUUUCAUAUCAAUUGCAUGGCCGGUGGUUUUUCCUUAUGCCUGGCAAACACGAGCACAUCCUUCACAUUUUUUUCUUCUCUCCAUUUUUUUUUAUCCAUACUCAUCUGGAUUUUUAUAGAGCUCUGGGAAUAGUCCAUUUGUCACCAAUUUAUUGUCACUGGAUUUAUUGUUGCUCGAAUAUUUCGGACAAUCAUGCUUCAACAAAAAAAAAAUAAUAAUAAUUAGAACUCUAGGGCUCUCGAUGUAAUGGCAGUCGACUGAAGUCAAAAAUACAAUUAAUUAAUUCGUUUGAUUUAUUAGAAACAAAAUAAAAAAAAAUUAAUUUCGUCACCAUCCCUCAACUCAUGUGUUGCUCGACAAAACGGUUUGAUAAUUAUCUAUUUCCUUUCCACAAAUAAUUUAUUGUGACUGCCCCCCCCCUCCCCCUCCCCCUACCCCCCUGAGUGUACAGUGCAGAGAGAACAAAUCGAUUUGGAUAAAAGUGGAGAAUUAAUAAAAUUAUCGUUGUGAAUUUUUUUAAAUUAAAUUGAUCUAAGUUUUUUGGGGCAGAACAGUGGCCCAUUGUACAUUUUAGUCAGUCAUGAAUUCUUGAUGAAUAAAUUCUAUUUGUUAUAGAUUGAAAAAUGUAGCUAUGAGUGAAAAAAAAGAGAGAGAAAGAGAGAGAGAGAGAGAUGAAAAUUGAAGACGGUGUCGAAGUAUUUAAAAUUUGAAUUGAUAAUUAAGAUGACACGUCGAGGAGAAUUUAUUCGUGCGAAUUGUAAUUUGUAAAACCGUUGAAUUUUUAUUUUCCACUGAAAUGAAUAGUUAUGUGAAUAUAUUGCUACAGUCCGAUCCAAAUAAUCAAGCUUUUGUAAUACUAAUUAUAAUAAAGUAAUAAUAUGGCUAAUUGAGUAUAUAAAUAUUAAAUGAAAUAAUUAUUAAAGUAAUUGCAUUGCACACGAGGUUUGAAUAUGUGUGUUUGUGUGAUUGUAAUUGAUUGUGUAUGUGUGAGGGAGAGAGUGAUAUUUGUCAGAGAGAUUUUGAGAAUUUUAUGAGCUUCGAGUGAGUUAAAGUAUUUGGGAAUUUUAUCAUUUUUCUUUUUUUUUUCUCAACUUGUCUUUUUUCUUUUUUUUUCGUCCAAGUGACGUUUCACAUUCGUGUGCUCCCUAUAUCCAUUCAACGGACAGGGUAUAAGAUAAAAAUCAAAUUUCCGCGGUCCAUCAUCUCCAACGAUAAAAAACCGCGGCAAACUGUCAAAAAAAUGAACUGCAAAUGUCAGUUUUUCGAAAAUAUCUCCGGAAUUAAAGGAGAUAGUGAAAUUUUUAUUGAGACCUUUUUUGUAGAGCUCACGAACAUCUUCAGAAAGUGUUACCACAAAAAUUCCGGUAACUCCCUUAAUUUUUGAGAUAUCUUCAAAAUUCUCAUGGAAGUGUCAACUCGUCUUGCCAUUUUGCAUAAUCAAAAAAUAUUCAAUCAGAAAAUUUGACUUUUCAAAACAAAAAAAAAAAGUGAAAAAAACAU